AUGCCUAAGAAAAAAAAACAAUCUCGAACUACUAACAACGAGUCUUAUAACAAUAAUAAUGAAAAACAAAAAGAAACUUCUUCAACUAAUCAACAGAUUCAUGAUGAGACAACUAAUAGCAGUAUAAAUGAAGUCCGAUUACCACCAUUAGAAGAACUUUCUAAUACAGGAUUUAAAAUACUUCCGAUUGAAAUAUCUUCACAAAAAACUAUUUUUGAUUCAAAUUCAUCUGAUCCUUCUACUUUUACCUCAAUUCAUUAUUGUUAUUUUAAAAGUCAUGAGUCACGUAAUACUAAUAAUGAUGAUAAUGAUAAACACUUACCUCUCAACAGUACUCUGUUUAUUUCAAAUUUACCAAUAGAUUCAACAGAAGCACAUAUUAAACAUUUGUUUCAAGAAUGCGGAAAGAUCGAUAGAAUUAUAUUUAAUGAAGUUAUUAAAGAUGAUGAAUUUUUAACUAAUAUUGUUAAUGGAAGUGAUAAUAAUGAAGGUGAAAAUAAUAAUGGAUUAAAUGAAAAUGAAUCAAUACAGCAAGGAAAAAAAUCUAAAAAAAAGAAAAAGAGAAAGCCAAACAUGCAAGGGGGAAUUGAGAAGAAUGUAAUUAGAAAUUUUGAGGAAGGUGGCUUAAGAAAAUUGUUGAUACCAGAUUCUUCUGCUCAUAUUGUAUUUCAAAAUUCAGAAGGAUUAAAAAAAGCUCUUGAAAUGACUCAAAAAAAGAGAAUAUGGACUAUUAAAGAUGUUGUUGAAAUUCCAUCAUUGGGAUUAUCUAGGUGGUUACAAGAUUAUAGAUUACAUCGUCCAGGUCAAAUAAAACUUCAAGAAGAAGUUGAUGAAUAUAUGCGUAAGUUUGAAGAAGCUGAAUUAGAACGACAUAAAGCUUUAGAAGCCAAACUCAAUCAACCAGACGAGGAUGGAUUUAUCAUGGUAACAAGAGUUGGAAGACGUAGUGCUAAUACGGAUGGUACAAUCACCGUAACAGCUGCUAAACCAGAGGAAAUUAAGAAUUUGAAGCCAAAGAAUAAAGAAUUGACAGACUUUUAUCGAUUCCAAAUGCGUGAAACAAAACGAAAUAAACUAAUCGAUCUUCGCAAAAAGUUCGAGGAAGACAAAGAAAAGAUCGCUAAACUUAAGGCCGCUAGAAGAUUUAAACCAUAUUAA